AUGCCCAAUAGCCUAUACUUUUCGCAUUUAACUUGGAUGACAUUUUUAUUUCAUCAUUAGCAUCAGACGCCAGACUGACUGACACGGUGGACACAAUUUGCGUUUUGACUGAAGACUGUGGGAUGAGACACGUCCAUGUUUUUUUUUUUUUUUUUUCCUUCCCCGAUACCUCUCCAACACUUUUAUCUUCUAAUGUUUCUGGCUUAGAAGGACGCGCGUUUUGACGCGCUCUCCAGGUGCGAAGUCGAGUUUCCGAGAGGAAUAAAACAGGAACUCCAUCGCAGCCUGGAUAUCCACCGUCUGUAUAAGCCAGCUUUCCUUUUUUUUUUCUUUAACUCCGUUCUUUUUUAAUUCCUAUACUUUUCGUGGGUCACCGCGUUCAGACCACAACCGCAGCGAUGCCAGAGACGACGCAAGAGGCGUGCGCUCCGGCCAAGGAUUCCCCUUUCUUCAUCAAGAACCUGCUAAACUGUGACAGUAAGCCGUCGAAGCCCAGACCGGUGCUGGCUGCCACUAAGGCGGCCUUGGAGGGGGGAUUUCCACUUUCCCAGGUCGGAGACUUCAACUUUCCACGCUUUGAACUGCCCGCACAGAGGUUUAGUCUACCGGCUCACUACUUGGAGCGCACUUCUGCGUGGUGGUAUCCCUACGCGCUCAGCUCAGCCGCACAUCUGCACAGAACCGAAGUCACGGAGAAAGCAGGAGCCAGAGACUCGUCUCCCACCUCGGGCACGGACAGGGACUCUCCAGACCUGCUGCUCAAGUCCGAGCCGGACACCAAGGACGACGACGACGACGAUGAGCACCACAACAAAAGCAGCGACGAGAUCAUCCUGGAGGAAAGCGACGCCGAAGAGGUGAAAAAGGACGAGCUGGAGGAGUGGAAGAAAAGGGACGACGACAAGAAGCCGUGCCGCAAGAAGAAGACGCGCACGGUGUUCUCCCGCAGCCAGGUGUUCCAGCUGGAGUCCACCUUCGACAUGAAGCGCUACCUGAGCAGCUCGGAGCGGGCCGGCCUGGCCGCGUCGCUGCACCUCACCGAGACGCAGGUCAAGAUCUGGUUCCAGAACCGCAGGAACAAGUGGAAACGACAGCUGGCCGCGGAGCUGGAGGCCGCCAACCUGAGCCACGCCGCGGCGCAGAGGAUAGUCCGGGUGCCCAUCCUCUACCACGAGAGCUCGGGGUCGGAGGGCGGCGGCUCGGGCGCCAGCGUGCCGGUCAGCCAGCCGCUGCUCACCUUCCCGCACCCCGGGGUCUACUACUCCCACCCCAUCGUGACAUCAGUCCCGCUGCUCAGGCCGGUCUGAAAGGAGGCUGACGUGAAGAGUUUUGUGGCACAAGUUAGUGUCUCUAUUCAUUUCAAUAAAUACAUUAAAAGAAAGGGAGAAAGAAAGAAAAAAGUGAUUAUUUUUAUACAACUUUGAGACUGCUGAAGACACUAAAAGAAAAGAAAAAAAAACUUAGAAAAGACUGUCACUGUCAGGCAAACAUGGACCUAUUGGCAAAUAUUGUGUCAUUUCCCAUGAGGGUGCGCUUCACAUGUUGUUAUUAUUAUUAAUUAUUAUUAUUAUUAUUGUCAUUAUUGUAUAAGCUCAAGAAUUCUGACAAUGUUUUUUUUAUUUGUCUUAAUGUCCUUGUUUAAAUAUCAUGAUGACUGCUGGGCAGGCCAACACAGUUGGUUGGUUUAUAAGGAAAAACAAAUAAACAAACAAAACAAACACAAAAACAAAACAGAAACAACACACACGCGCACACACACGAACCGGCGACCUGAAGUCGCGGUCUGCUCAUCAACUAUCACACUGAUCUGAUUUCAGUUACGUUAUGAUGUCACGCUGAUGUGCAAUAUGUGUGCUGUGAGUGAAUGAUCCUCUGAAUGGGAAACAUGUUUUGCCACCUAUUCAUGUUGGGACACUGAUGAGUCUUUUUUUUUUCCUUUUUUUCCCCCUCUUUGUUUAAAAGCGCUUGUACGAAGGACAAUCAAGACACUCCAAGUUGUAAAUUACACACGUGGCUUUAUGUUUCGGUAACAGUUUCUGUCGCUCCAUCUACACAGACACCUCUUUUCAAGCACAAGUCUCCUAAGAUUCUUUAGAUUCUUUGUGUUUUUGUACAGGAGUGGUUAAAGUCGACUACACUGGUGUUAAAAAAAAUAUGUAAAUGUAUAUAUUUAAUGACGGGUGGGGAGAAGAGCCUCCAAAUACGGCUUCUACUUUGUACAGUCAAAACGUUUUGAUAUUGUAUUGAUGAAACAUGUUGUGAAAUAAAAUGG